GCCGUGCACGCCGUGCAGGAAUAUAAGAAUUUUCGCGCCCGUGCUGCCACUGGCUGGCGCGGCAUGAGCCCUCCUUCGAUUGGCUGGAGUGAUGGCGCGUGGGCAUGAGCUCUCCCCGGAUUGGCCGGCGCGGCCGUGAGGCGCGCGCGGGUCGUUCGGCCGUCUGGCGCCAUGAACUGCCUGACUGUGCCCGGCGUCCACCCCGGCUCCCCCAGCCGCCCGCGCGGGCAGAUACAGGUGAUCUUCGGCCCCAUGUUCUCCGGGAAGAGCACGGAGCUCAUGCGGCGGGUGCGGCGGUUCCAGCUGGCUCAGUACCGGUGCCUCCUGGUGAAGUACGCCAAGGACACGCGCUACUCCGUCUCCGGCGUCUCCACACACGACAAGAGCACCAUGGAGGCCCUGCCAGCCUGCCUCCUCAUGGACGUGUACCAGGAGGCGCUGGGCUCUGCCGUCAUCGGCAUCGACGAGGGCCAAUUUUUCCCAGACAUCGUGGAGUUCUGUGAGAUGAUGGCAAAUGCUGGGAAAACCGUCAUUGUUGCUGCUCUUGAUGGGACUUUCCAGAGAAAGGCUUUCGGGAGCAUCCUGAACCUCGUCCCGCUGGCAGAGAGUGUGGUGAAGCUGAAUGCCGUGUGCAUGGAGUGCUACCGAGAAGCCUCCUACACAAAGAGGCUGGGAGCAGAAAGGGAGGUUGAAGUGAUUGGAGGAGCAGACAAGUACCACUCUGUCUGCCGAGCCUGCUACUUCCGCAAGCGGCCUCAGCAGACUGGGUUGGAAAACAAGGAGAAUGUGCCCAUGGGGGUGAAGCAGCUGGACGUGGCUGCCUCACGGAAGAUCUUUGCUUCUUGACUGCUGGGCUCCUGCACGGGGAAAAAUGAGAGGAAGGAAGCUACGUGCUGCAGCCCCCAGAUGCCAGAUCUGGCUUCCCUUGCUUUUAGCAAAACUGUUAAGUGUCUUAGCUCUGCCUGCCAAGCCGCUGUUCCUCUGCACUGAGCGCCGGGAAAGAAGAGGAUCAACCCGAUGUGAUGCCGGGGGGAAGCUGAAGCAGGAGCCUGACUAAAAGCGAGUUCCUUUCUCGUACAUGGAAAAGCGACAGGUGUAGUUACUGAUGCUGCCACAUAAACAGGUCCCAAAAAACUGUCCCAGCAAGCCAGGCUGCAGGGCUUCCAUCGCCUGCCAUAGUUCGGCCUGGUCUCCUCCCUGUGUUCAGGCUGGCACUGGUGGAUGGUUCACUUGCCUGUCAACGCAACCGUUUCUUUAUCUCUUGCACACUGUUGCUAAAUUCCAGGUUUCUUAAGACAAUGUACAGUAAGUUAGUAUUUUAAGCCCACUUCCUUUUUUAGCAGCCUGAGGGAUAACUCGUUGCUUGUCGUAGAGCUGUGGCACAACUUUUCAACUGACACACGUAGCAGCUGCCCGGCCCUCAGCAGUCCCUCUGAACGACUCUGCACGGCCUGUCCCUUUGCUGUUACAAUCACCUGCUGUAACUGUCCUGUAAACUUUUGUUGAAACAGAGGCGGCGGGGGGGAGAAGGAAGGCUUGUCUUGACAGCCUGACAGUGGGCUCUUCUGAACCCUUGAACUUUAAAAGGGCUGGCAGUAGUCUCGUAGUAGUCUGUGUAUUUAGUUCUUCCAAAAGGACUCUUGACUUCACUUCAGGAAGAGCCUCCUCUCCAAAAUCAGGGUGGUUUUGCUCAGGUCCAAGCUUCGUGCUGCCACUUCAGUGCUUGGUUACCUGUGAAGGGUUUGGAGGCUCAGGACUUUAUCUGUAAAGGUUUGGGCUACUGUUUCUGUGCAGAUCGAGCUACCUGGAGAAGGGUCUCUGCUUUGAGUGGUUCUCAACUCUAGUCAUGUAUCUUGCUCUCCCUCCUGAGCCUUCUAAAAAUUCUCGAGGCUGAUUCUUCCUCUGCUGUAAGUUGACUGAAGGAUCCUCUUUCCCCUUUGCUUGACUUGGCUUCUGGUAGGUUGUGGAGUUUUUUUCCUUACUCCUUGCAAAAGUGCUUUUCCCUGUAAGCCAGUGUCCGCGAGCUCCAAGCAGCAGCUCUUGGUUCUGGCCAGGUCAAAUCUCCACGUGUGAAUGCAGUGCUCUCUGUUUGCUGACACCCUCCAGGGGGAGGAGGCACCUCCCGAGAAGGUUACAAGAGCCAUCUGAGAACCCCUGCUCCCUCUGCGUCACUUGACAUGAUGACAGUUGUACUCACAAGCACUUCAUUGCCAGGCCUGGGCUUUCCCCUUGCAGGGCGGGGAGGCAGCACUGCUACUGGUUUAGAUUAAUAAAUAACUUAAUGAA